GGGAGGUGCCUGAGCGCGAGCGGGCCCGCCACCGGUCGGCCCCGUCGGCGCAGAGGGUCCUGUCGGCGGCGCCCUGGAGCGACCCGGCUUCCCGAUGGUCCUACGCCGGCUGCCGCGGGCCGCGCCGUGCGCUUAGUGCCCGGCUCUGCCCCCUGAAGCGUCCGCGGGGGCGGGAGCGGCCUCGGCCCCGCGGAGACGGAGCGGCUGGAGGACGAGGCGGCGGCCGCGGGGAGGAUGGGGGCUAACCAGUUAGUGGUGCUCAACGUGUACGACAUGUACUGGAUGAACGAGUACACCUCGCCCAUCGGAAUUGGAGUGUUUCAUUCAGGAAUUGAAGUAUAUGGCAGAGAAUUUGCUUAUGGUGGCCAUCCUUACCCCUUUUCUGGAAUAUUUGAAAUUUCCCCAGGAAAUGCUUCUGAACUAGGAGAAACAUUUAAAUUUAAAGAAGCUGUUGUUUUAGGGAGCACUGACUUCCUAGAAGAUGACAUAGAAAAAAUCGUAGAAGAACUGGGAAAAGAAUACAAGGGCAACGCCUAUCAUUUGAUGCACAAAAACUGCAAUCACUUUUCUUCAGCUUUAUCAGAGAUUCUUUGUGGGAAAGAGAUUCCUCGCUGGAUCAACCGACUCGCCUACUUCAGCUCCUGCAUCCCCUUCCUACAGAGCUGCCUCCCGAAGGAGUGGCUCACGCCCGCGGCGCUGCAGUCCAGCGUGAGCCAGGAGCUGCAGGACGAGCUGGAGGAGGCGGAGGACGCUGUCGCCUCGGCCACCAUGGCCAGCGCCGCAGCCGGCUCCCGGCCCGGACGCCACACUAAACUGUAACUGUCUCCAAAGUCGCAUAUUCAGAACUGUCUCUGGCAGUUGAAUAUCACUAGCGAAAAGUCGAAGAGUCGGCGUCCUUUGGAUAUUUUGUACGCAAAGACGGCUCUCGCCCCAGAUCCCAGUUUCUCAGCUCAGGAUUAUAUUUGUAGUCUAAGCACUCGGCGCAGGAGGGAGAACUUUGUACGAAGCUGCCCUCUGGUUUUUUAACCCACUUGUAAAUUCAGAUUUACUUUUUCUGUUUUAUACAGGCUCUGUUAAGUUAUGUUUACAGUAUUUUGUAUCGCUGUUUACAAAUCUUGCAUGGACUCCUGCCGCCGUGAAAGAAGAAAACCUUCAUGUCUUCAGAUAUUAGGCAGGUAAUCUUUGUACACUUCCGACAAUUGCCAGAGUUACGGCAUAAAUAAUAGGCACACAAAAAGUACUUAGGCGGUUAUAGUCAUCCUCACCUGCUUAAGAGUUGUCUUUUAGUUCGUGUCUGUUUUUGUUACAGUCUUAGUACCAGGAUGCAGAGAGGCGAAGGAGCACACACACAGCCCUGAGGGCUGGGGACCCUGUUCUGCUGAGAGGUGGCCCCACGGGGGGCCUCGUUCCUCUUAGCGUCCCACUCCCCGCCACUCGGAGCAGCACUUCCCCGGAGGUCCCCACCCAGCGGUUGCUGUCGUUCCAGACAUCCAUCCACCCAGGCAGGGCGGCACGUGCUUCUGUCCGUCCGGCCUCGCUGCCUCUGAUUCUGUAAUUAAGAUGUUUUUCGUUAAAGAUAUUCUUCCUAGUAACUGACGAAUGGUUUUGCACAUGUAUUGGGGGGAGCUUCUUUUUUAUUUUAAUACAUAUUGAUAUCCUCCCUGCACAGGAUUUUAUUGAUGGGGUAGGAAUAUCCUAAAUGGUAGCCUUCUGAGUAGCAGGAUGAGUUGACAUUCAACUGCUUUUAACUAUUCAGGCUACCUUUUAUACUAGACCUUGAAAACUAGUCUAAAGAAACACACUCCAGAAAGGAAAUUUUUUGAUCUUUUAAACAUUUUACAUACCACAUCAGAAAGAGCAUGUUGAGUUUGUUAGUCUAUUAUGGGAGUUGUUUCACCUCAUAAUAGAAAAGCUAGUCUCAUUGACCUCUUGUGUAAAAUUCAUGUUUUCAUAUCUUAAAAGUCAUCUUUUUCUGUUCUCUCAAAUGUACGUCUCUUACAUAACUCUAAGGAUGGAAUUGUCCACAGAUAAGUCCUCGUCAGCAAGGAAUCCGUCUGCUCAAGCCUACCCCUAGUUUGACCCUUGGAUGUGAGAGUCAAGUCAUUACAUGUCAAAUUCACUUUUUCUGCCUUAAGAAUGAAUGUCCUAUGUAAAAUACUGGAUGCAGUGUAUAAAUCAUCCAAGGCAGUGACUUCAGCUUUAUAUAUAUUAUUAGUUUUAAAUCAUCGACUUUUAUUUAAACUUCUAGGUUGGGUGGUUAGUGUUAUUUCUCUUUGUAAAGAUACAUAACUUGGAGUAAACUACAUUUUUAACUUUUCCAUAAGCUGAGUUUGAUUCAUUUUAUCAACUUAAGCACACCUUGUUCAUCGGGAAAAUAAACCUUGAGCUAUAAGCAUCAACCUGAGGAAAAUGAAGCCACUUAACCUAAUUUGGGCUUUGACUGUUCUGUUUGUGGAGAGAAAAGCCUUUACAAAACAUCCUCAGCCCUUUAGGGGGGCAGCGCACUGGUUUUGAGGGAUGUGACAGGAAGAGGAAAGGAUUUAUGACCUUUAUGGAAAGUUGACUUGGUUCGGGUCUAACAUGAGAUUAGAAUAAAACACAGAGUGUAGCAGUGGGUCUGUUUGCUCAGAGUAGAGUCCUAUCAUCAGAACCCGGGUUAGUGAAAGGUAUCUGAUGUUGUUUGCUUGGGAUUUUGUUUUUAAGUAAUGUGGGCGAUGACAGUUUUUUCUGAUACGUUCCCAUACACACGGUGUAAGUCUGGGCUGCUGACCGAGGAGGAGCAGCCAUCCAUUAGACGCUCGGUGGUGAACAGCCACGACAUCCCAGUUGUGUUUAUCCAGAACCCAGCACCUCAGCACACAAAGGACCUUCCGUUAUUUCGUUGUGUUUACUUUAAUCUGCAGCAUUUGGAGUUUACAAAUAGUGUAAAGGGUCCUGGUAGAAAUAAACUGUGGCCCAAGGCCAGUUACCAUAAUAACAAUCAGCAGAUAAAAUUCUGGACUUCAGAUGGAUUACAAUUUAAUUGUACUCGAGGUUGAGAAAUAAAUAUGUUUAUGUAAUCUUAUUUAUCUUAUGUAAGUCACUUACUUCUUCACAGUUCAAAAUUGAGAAUGAAUUUAAUCCCCUAGCACUUCAGCAGCUUUCCUUGCCCUUGGAGGGAAAGAGUCUUGCUCUCGACCUGAUCUCUGUUCAGAAAAACCCGGUCACUGAGGCUCCCCGGAUGCGAUGGAGUCGGGUGUUCUCUCUGUCGUUGUGACCAAGCCAAGCGUGCUUCCCGUGGUGGGCUGGGCAGUAGUAAUACAGUGGCAGAGGGUUAGAAGCUACUGGUUUCUACCGUUUUAAAUGCUCUGGGGGUUUUUUUUCCCAACCCCAAGAAGGGGGCCUGGGCCUCGGGCAGGGCAGGCCUGUGGAGUCGAGAAGGCGGCGAUGCCUGCAGCCCCGCCCGCGGUCGCCCUGGCCCACAGCAACGGCCCGGCGCCCUCACCAGCACUUGCACAAAGCAGGGAGCACCGGGCUCAGCCAGUGGCUGCGCCCCCUGCGCGACUGUCCGCGGCUUCGUUCUGUCCCCGAACGGGUAGAAACGCAUUUGCUGCUUCCGGGUUCUAAUCUGUGUGUUGUCUUCUGGCUCUACGUCUGUAAGAUACUCUGUAACUCUGAUACGUGCUCCAUUUUCUUUCAUUAAGUUUAAAAGACUUGGGUUUUGCUCGGCAAGCCAGCCACACUGCCACGUCCCUUCCCCUCAGUGUGGCCUUCAAGCGCAGCUCCACUGUCAGGCGUCCGUGGCCCACUUGGUCGGUGCGCGCAUCUUUGCUGUUGGAAAGGCGUCCCAGCUGUUAGUCCCCAUGAACCUGAAGAUGAUUUCUUGUGAAGUUGAAUGCAAAUGUACUGUCAUUCAUAGUGUUUAUAAAAAAAAAUACCAGGAAUCUUCACUUUUGCUACCUUGAUAUAGCACCAGGCUAUCAUGUUAACA